GAUUGAAAAUAAAUUUGGCGGCGUGCGGUUCUUGCGCUCUGCGGUCCGGUCGUGUUAAAUUGUAGUGGACGUCUUGAACGAAGAAAGAGUAUCGCGCCGACGCGACGAACACACUUGAUACCCUGCAUAAAUUGUUUUAUUUUUUUGAUUAGUGCCAACGGUGCUGUUCAUUACUGAAAACGUGAUGCCGCGCCACAGUGGAAACCCUAGCUGGCGAACCGUCGCUGGCGACGUAGGCAGUGAAAUAAAAACAAGCGUCUAAAGUAGUCAUUGCGCUUUUUUUUUUUGUUGUAAGGUCGCGUGCACAGGUGCCUGAUCAUUACACUUGCACUGAGAAAAAAAGUGACUGCAGCCAGCGGGAAGAGAGUGGAAGUAGUGACUGUGAGUGGAGUUUGUACUAAUUACUACUGCCCGAGCACGAAACUCAUUUACACGCAAGCACACACGCUCACACAUACUGUUACUUGCGUCGGGUUUGGAUUCGUAUUCGUUUUUGUGUACAUUUUGUUGUCUUGCAUUCCACGUUACAUGUUUGUUGUUGCCUGUAUGUUUAUAUUUAUUGCCUCCACAUAUUUGUGUGUUUUGUGUUUAUUAAUGUACAAUACAAAUACAACAAAAAGAAACUAAAGGCCAAAAGAAAGCGCCAAGUCAAUAAAAACAAUGAAAACAACGAGUCUCCGCCGCCGCUGAAAACAAAACGCCACCACCGACGCAUGCAUACUAUUAAUUUAUUACACAUAUUGUUUUUAUUUUGAAUAAUGGAUCGUCGUGCAUUAAAGUUUAUGCAAAAAAGAGCGGACACAGAAAGCGAUACUACCACCACAACAGUGAGCACCACAGCAUCCCAGGGGACACCAGCAUCGGCCAUAUCAGCAGGUGGCACUCUACCCCUGAAGGACAACUCCAACAUCCGCGAGAAGCCGCUGCACCACAAUCACAACAACAAUAACAGCUCCCAGCACAACCACUCGCACCAGCAGCAUCCCCAUCAGCAGCAGCAACAACAACAAGGCGGUGGCAAGCAGCUCGAGCGGCCACUAAAGUGCCUGGAAACGCUCGCCCAGAAGGCGGGCAUCACCUUUGACGAGAAAUACGAUGUGGGCAGCCCCCCUCAUCCCGGCAUUGCCCAGCAGCAGGCGACUCCAGGAUCAGGAACAGGCACAGGCACAGGAUCAGGCACAGUCACCCCCACAAGCCAUCGCCACGGAACUCCGCCCACCGCCCGCAGGCACGCUCACACCCCAAACACUCCGAGCAGGCCGAGUGCACCCAGCACACCCAACUCCAACUCCCACGCCCAAUCCCUUUCUCAAGCCCUUGCCCGCCACAGCCUCACGCUGGAGAAGGUGCAGAAUCCCGGCCAGCAGGUGGCGGCCACCACCACGGUGCCGCUGCAGAUCUCGCCGGAGCAGCUGCAGCAGUUCUAUGCAAGCAAUCCCUACGCCAUCCAGGUGAAGCAGGAGUUUCCAACCCACACGGCCGGUGGAAAUGGAACGGAGCUAAAGCAUGCAGCCAACCUUCUGGAAGUUCAGCAGCAGUUGCAACUGCAGCAGCAGCUUUCGGAAGCCAGUGGCGGAGGAGCAGCCUCGGGCGCCGCCGGAGGAGCCCCUAGUCCGGCCAACUCGCAGCAAAGCCAGCAACAGCAGCACUCCACUGCCAUCAGCACCAUGUCACCGAUGCAGCUGGCGGCGGCGGCCGGAGGUGUGGGCGGGGAUUUUUUGCAGGGGAGGACAGUGCAGCUGAUGCAGCCGUCGACCAGCUUCCUGUACCCGCAGAUGUUCGUGUCGGGCAAUGUUCUGCACUCAGGCGGCCUUGGCCAGCAGCCCAUCCAGGUGAUCACCGCUGGCAAGCCCUUCCAGGGGAACGGUUCCCAGAUGCUCACCACCACGACGCAGAACGCCAAGCAGAUGAUCGGCGGCCAGGCUGGAUGCGGGGGCAACUACGCCACCUGUAUUCCCUCUAACCACAACCAGUCGCCCCAGACGCUGCUUUUCUCGCCGGUGAAUGUCAUCUCCCACUCGCCGCAGCAGCAGCAGAAUUUGCUGCAGUCGAUGGCCGCCGCCGCUCAGCAGCAGCAGCAGCAACUCACCCAGCAACAGCAGCAGCAGCUCACCCAGCAGCAACAGCUUACCCAGCAGCAACAACAACAGCAGCAACAGCUGACAGCUGCACUGGCCAAAGUGGGAGUGGAUGCGCAGGGCAAACUGGCCCAGAAAGUGGUUCAAAAGGUGACGACCACCAGCAGCACAGUGCAGGCGGCGACCGGGCCGGGAUCCGCUGGGACUACACAGGCGCAGCAGGUGCAGCAGGUCCAACAACAGCAGCAGCAGACCACACAAACCACCCAGCAGUGCGUCCAGGUCUCGCAGUCGACGUUACCAGUGGGGGUGGGCGCCCAGUCCGUGCAGACUGCCCAACUCCUGAACGCGGGCCAGGCGCAACAAAUGCAGAUCCCCUGGUUCUGGCAGAAUGCGGCAGGGUUACAGCCCUUCGGAUCGAACCAGAUCAUACUGCGCAACCAACCGGAUGGGACGCAGAGCAUGUUCAUCCAACAGCAGCCGACGACGCAGACCCUGCAGACGCAGCAAAACCAGAUAAUCCAGUGCAAUGUGACCCAAACUCCGACCAAGGCACGCACUCAACUGGACGCACUUGCUCCCAAGCAGCAACAGCCGCAACAAGCAGGAUCCACAAACCAGACGCAGCAGCAGCAGCUGGCUGUGGCUACUGCCCAGUUGCAGCAACAGCAGCAACAGCAGCAACAGCUCACGGCAGCUGCUCUGCAGCGGCCAGGAGCCCCGAUCAUGCCUCACAAUGGAACUCAAGUGCGGCCGGCCAGCUCUGUGUCCACGCAGACGGCCCAGAAUCAGAGCCUGCUGAAGGCCAAGAUGCGCAACAAGCAGCAGCCGGUGCGACCCGCAUUACCCACCUUGAAAACGGAGAAUGGUCAGGUCGCGGGCCAGAACAAGGUGGUGGGUCACUUGACCACCGUGCAGCAGCAACAACAGGCGACUAACCUCCAGCAGGUGGUCAAUGCGGCAGGCAACAAAAUGGUUGUGAUGAGCACUACGGGCGCUCCCAUCACCCUCCAGAAUGGACAAACACUUAAUGCAGCCACUACGGCAGGAGUGGACAAACAGCAACAGUUGCAGCUGAUUCAGAUUCAGAAGCAGCAGAUGUUCCAGCAGCAAAUGUUCCAGCAGCAAAUUGCUGCUAUUCAGAUGCAGCAGCAGGCGGCAGUUCAGGCGCAGCAACAACAGCAGCAGCAGCAGCAGCAAGUCUCGCAGCAGCAGCAGGUGAACGCCCAGCAACAGCAAGCGGUAGCGCAGCAGCAGCAGGCGGUGGCGCAGGCUCAGCAACAGCAAAGGGAGCAGCAACAGCAAGUGGCCCAAGCGCAGGCGCAGCAGCAGCAGGCGCUGGCUAACGCGACUCAGCAGAUCCUGCAGGUGGCUCCCAGCCAAUUCAUCACAUCUCACCAGCAACAGCAGCAACUGCACAACCAACUGAUACAGCAGCAACUGCAGCAACAGGCGCAGGCACAGGUGCAGGCCCAAGCGCAGCAGCGGGAGCAGCAGCAGCAGAAUAUCAUUCAGCAGAUUGUGGUCCAGCAGUCGGGUGGCGCUACUGCCCAACAGCAGCAGCAAUCACAACAGCAAUCCGGACAGCUGCAGCUGAGCAGCGUGCCCUUCUCGGUUUCAUCGACAACGACCCCAGCCGGAAUAGCCACCUCCACUGCCCUGCAGGCGGCUCUCUCCGCCUCUGGCGCCAUUUUCCAGUCGGCCAAGCCCGGCACCUGCAGUUCCUCCCUCCCCACCAGCAGUGUGGUCACAAUUACCAACCAGAGCACCACUCCGCUGGUCACCAGCAGCACGAUGGCCAGUCUGCAGCAGGCGCAUGCCCAAGCUCAGCUCCAGCAGCAGCAGCAACAACAGCAGCAACAACAGCAGCAACAGCAGCAGCAGCUAAUCACGGCCACCAUUGCAGCAGCAACUCAACAGCAGCAGCAGGGACCCCCUUCACUUACGCCCACCACGCCCUCACCAACCACGAAUCCCAUCCUGGCCAUGACCUCGAUGAUGAAUGCCACGGUGGGGCACCUCUCUACGGCUCCGCCUGUGACUGUUUCUGUGACUAGCACCGCUAUCACUCCUUCGCCGGGUCAGCUGGUCACGCUCAGCAGUGCUGGCAGCGGAGGGGGAGGAAGCUUUGUAUCCACGCCCUCCAAGGAGACACCAACAAAGAUGCCCACAGCCACCCUGGUGCCCAUUGAUUCGCCCAUUGCUCCUGCAUCUGGACAUGAUACCUGCACCACACCCAAAUCCUCCACUUCUGCUAGUGUCAGUGCAUCCGUAGAGGCCAGCAGUUCCACGAAUGACGCUCUGCCCAACGGAGAGAACACAGAUCGGGCUUCCACGCCCUCCAAGGUCCCCACCACUCCCACCAGCAAGCAAAGCAAUGCGGUGCUGCCGACGAGCAGCAGCACCACUCCCAGCACUGCCAGUGGAAAGGAAGAACACAAGGUGGCUACCUCCGUCAGCUCCACGUCCGCAACAUCAACGCCAACCACGACAACGAUCACCAAUGGGAUCGGAAUAGCCAGAACCACAUCAAACACCACCUUCAGUACAACGGCUAGCACAACCACCACCAGCUGCAGCACUUUAACCACAAGUUGUACCAGCACCACCACAACCACUACGGCUGGAAGUAUAAAUGGGGUGAAGGAUUUGCCCAAGGCAAUGAUCAAGCCAAAUGUCCUAACACACGUCAUUGAUGGCUUCAUCAUCCAGGAGGCCAACGAACCUUUUCCGGUCACCAGACAGCGAUAUGCGGACAAAGACGUCAGCGAUGAGCCGCCAAAGAAAAAGGCAGCCAUGCAGGAGGACAUCAAGCCGAGUGGAAUAGCAUCAGCUCCAGCCUUGGACAUGGUUGCUUGCGAGCAGUGCGGAAAACUGGAACAUAAAACGAAGCUCAAGCGGAAGCGCUUCUGUUCGCUGGGAUGCGCCAGGCAGGCCAAGAACGGCAUCGGAGGAGUUGGAACAGGAGAGAUAAACGGCCUGGGCACGGGUGGCAUCGUAGGCGUGGACGCCAUGGCAUUGGUAGACAAACUGGACGAGGCCAUGGCCGAGGAGAAGAUGCAGACGGAGGCCAUGCAAGCGAUGUGCGAAACCCUGCCCAUUCAGUCGGCUCCAGCGGAGGUGACACCGAUGACAAUUCCAGUACUAGCGGCCAUUCCAGCCUCUUCCCCACUUCCAUUGCUUUCGGGAUCCCCGUUGCCAUUGGCAAUAACCGCUCCUGCAGCACUGCCCCUGGUCACUCCUGCGGUGGCACCACCGUUUUCGGGUGCCAAUGGGGUAGAUCGCCCGCCCAUCAGUAGCUGGAGUGUGGAGGAGGUCAGCAACUUCAUCCGAGAACUGCCUGGGUGUCAGGACUACGUGGACGACUUUAUCCAGCAAGAGAUCGACGGCCAGGCGUUGCUGCUGCUGAAGGAGAACCAUCUGGUGAACGCCAUGGGCAUGAAGCUGGGCCCAGCCCUCAAGAUUGUGGCCAAGGUGGAGUCCAUGAAGGAGGUUCCGCCACCUGGCGAGGCUAAGGACGCAGGAGCUCAGUAGCGGCAGCUAGAGUGCGAGGGGCCCCAGAAGAUGAUCUCCAAACCGGUCAAUGGUACUGGUCAAUAAGUCCGGCGAGCCGGGAUAAUCUGAUUCAAUCGGACUGGCGAGGAGCACGCAAACCCAAACGUAAAGUCCUUAACAUCACUAGGCCAGCAAAUCCAAAAACCCAUCAAAUUGUAUAUAGUUCCAAAAGAAUUAAGAUAUUUAUUUAGAAAUUAAAACCCGACAGUCGGAAAACGCAUGGAAUUACUUAAAAUAAAUAUAAGCUACGAAUAAUAUUUUAAUUGACCUGCCAGCCAAGUGAAAUAAAUAGAAUUGUACAUUUAAGCAUAAGUGUAGAGCAUAUGUAGCAUUUUAAUAAAACGCAUCGUCAUGUAUAGUUUUUACUAGUAUUUUAAACUAAGCAAUUAAAUUUACGAUUAAGAUUGUAAUAACAACUAAAACAUUUUAAACUUGCGAAAGAGAAGAAAACAUCUAAAUGUGAAUUUGAACUUUUUGCUACAACUUUUGAAUGCCUAUACAUAAGCUAAUUUUUUUUUAUUUUUUUUGCUAUUGCUGAACUAAAUACAAAUGCACUGUAUAGUGAUUAAUAAAUGUAAAAACAUACACUUUUCUUGGUUUUCGUUGGGGUUUGCGUUUCACAAGUUAAAUUUAUUUCAAACAAAAUGUGUGGAACUAUCCAAAUUUGGAUCUGAACAAAGAAUUAAUUUGAUCUA